GUUUUUCAAAAUAUUUCUUCUUUUUUUUUUUUCUUUGUUUUCCUGUCAGUAGGCCUUGGUUUCAUUUUACCCUUUUCUAUCGUUUUCCCCUCAACCGCAUACAGUUGUUGAUGUCUGACGUCUGAAUACCAAUUUUGCUUUUCGUUUUCUUGUCUUUCUUCCAUUCUCCAAGUUUUUCUUUCGGUCUUUUUCUCUUUCCUUUUGGGGUUUUCUCUCUUCAUUCGUGCUUUUUUUCUUUUCCUAUUUUCUUACAUCUUUUCCUCUUAUAGCAGCAUUGUAAAUGUGCUCUUCAUUGCAGCAAAGUACCCAGCGCUGGAAAUCCCAAUGCAUCUACCAAAUCCUAACGGAUCGUUUUGCUUUCUCUGAUGAGGAUCAUUCGAAUGCUCCCUCCACUGGUCGCAUGUAUCUCGGAGGAACAUGGCGUGGGAUCGCUCGCAAACUGGAUUACAUUCAGGCUUUAGGAUGCACGGCCAUUUGGAUUAGUCCCAUAGUAAAAAACAUUGAAGAUGUUACCGACUACGGUCAAGGGUAUCAUGGGUAUUGGGCGCAGGAUUUGCUUGAUGUAAAUCCACAUUUCGGUACAAAGCAAGACUUAAUCCACCUUGUUAAACAAGUUCAUGAUCGCAACAUGCUAUGCAUGGUUGACAUCGUUGUUAACCACAUGGCCCAUGCUGGCUCUGGUGAAAUUGACUAUUCAAAAUACUGUCCCUUCAACUCUGAAGCAGACUACCAUCCUAGAAAGUAUGUCCAAAACUACGAUGACACCGUCGAUUGCGAGACUGGUUGGCUCGGAGACGAUACCGUCGGUCUUAUGGACAUUCGCACUGAAGAACCUCGUGUUCAAAAGUUCUUUCAAAAUUGGAUUCGCGACCUAGUGCAAAUGUAUCAUUUCGAUGGCCUUCGUAUUGAUACUGUGAAGCAUGUUCAUAGAGAAUUUUAUCCUCCCUUUAUCGAAGCCGCAAACGUUUUUACUUUUGGUGAAGUCUUUCAUGGGGAUCCCAAGUUCGUCGGAGAUUACCUUCGGUACAUGCCUUCUUCCAUCAAUUAUCCCCUGUACUACCAAAUUCGCAAAGCCUUUGCUCAACUUCCUCGAAUGUCCAUGAAGGAAUUUUAUGAAAAAGCUGUCUUGGAGGCCCGAGCCAAUAUUCCUGAUACUACUAUCCUCGGAAACUUUAUAGAGAAUCAUGAUGUCCCCCGGAUUCUCAACAUGACAUCGGAUUCUUCGUUACUACUGAAUACCUUAGUCACCCUUUUGUAUAUAGACGGAAUCCCUAUUGUUUUUCAAGGUCAAGAACAAAUGUUCUUUGGAGGGGAUGAUCCUGAAAACAGAAAUGCUCUUUGGAGCAGUCAAUACGAUACCACUCAUUUCAUGUUCAAUGUUCUCUCAAAGAUGAUCCAUGUUCGACAAUCUCUUAUCGAAAAGUUCCCCGACUUUUGCACCACUUUAUCUCGUUGCGUCUAUUUAGACGAUUACAACUUUGCCUUCGAACGUCCCGGCUGCAUUGUUUGCUUAUGCAAUGGAGGCUCGAAUUCCAACUUUCAGUAUCCCGUAUCUGUUUCGGUAGAGCAGGGUUCAGUUGCUCGGUUAAUGGAUAUAUGGACAGAGGAAAUCUUUGAAGCAUCCCCAUCAUCUCCAUCCACUGUGAAUCUCAUAGUCGAUGCAGGACUUCCCAAGGUUCUCGUUCAGUCAUCCAUACUUAGGUAAACCAGUAUCCUUGAUUUCUACUUUUCCAAUUUUGUAAACCACUCAUUAUUUUUUUACGAGUACAUCCAUAUUUAUUGGCUUAUGUAUUUAUUCAUUCGAACCAUUUUGGUUCGACCAAUUUAUUUUAUUUUCCUACCCUUAUGUUUAUCUUCGAUCAUUCUUGUUUUGGUUUGUCUUUCUCUUCCUUCUACCGUUUCUUUUCGAAUAAAUGACAUUCUGAUUCCCCUCCUUUUCGUCCUUCUUUUUAUCAAAUCAUACAAGUUUGUUUACAUGUCCGUAAAUACAAAAAACAUCAUUGUCUUGGGAUGGUGUCAACCCUCCUA